AUGCUCAUUGACCAGGAUUUGCACUGUUGGAAGAGAGAUUUGAUUGAGCUGGUUUUUAGCCCAAGCACUGCGGCAAACAUUUUUUCCAUUCCUUUGGGAGUGCAUGGGGGUGUUGACUUGUUUCAUUGGCCAGGUACAAGUGAUGGACAAUAUACAUCAAAAGAGGGAUAUGACUUCAUGCGGUUGUUGUUACACCGUGAUGCUGCGUCCUCUUCCUCUACGGCUAAGCUUGAUCCAAGGAGCUGGAAGUUCUUUUGGGCAUCUCGAGCUUUGCCUCGUUGCAAAGAAACCUGUUGGAGGGCAAUUUGUGGUUUGUUGCCGCUGAAGGAGAGCUUGUUCCGGCGCCACGUUGAUGUUGAUCCAGGUUGCGGUUUCUGUGCUUCGGAGAGGGAGAAUGAAGACCAUAUUUUCCUCCAGUGCCCAGCUGCCAAACACAUCUGGUUUGCGUCUCAAUUAGCCAUCAGAGUGGAUUCUUUUACCUCGUUUCAGGCGUUCUGGACAGCAGUGAUAGCGAUGGAUGAUGAUGAGGUCCUGGCUAUGGCUCAAACGGUGGUAUAUGCGAUUUGGGAGGCAAGGAACAAGGUCUGUUUUCAGCAGGGAGAGCUGGUGGUGGCUACGGUUCUCCGUCGUGUGGCUAGUAUGUUGGAGGCAGCUCAGGUCCGUGACCUUGCUCGUGCACCCUCGGUUUCUUUGCCAGCAAAAUGGAGCAAGCCGGCGCCCGGCGGUGGAUAUCAUCAAAUGCAACUUUGA